CCUCGAUCCCAGGCCUUACUUUUUCUUGCUGUUGUCACUGUUCAUCUAUGGAGACAUCGUGAGGCAGCAAAGAAAGAAAUGGGCGUACAGUUAGAAAAAGUAAGGCCUGGUUCGGGAAAUCGCGUGAUCCACAAGGAUUUUUAUGAACGUGGGCGAUAUGUAGCCCACAAUCUUGACGUAAGAUAUUCACCCACGCUUUCAUAGACCGGCUAGAAAUCUAACUUGCCAGGAACCAGCGUGGCUAGGCUAGCUAGCCUGGAGCUCUGGAGGCAGCCUAGCUAGCUAGCUAGCUAGAUAAAAUAAUCCUAGACAACAUGCAGCCUAUAGUUCAGCUAUACAAGGCAACAAGCACUUCUGUUAUCAAGUCAGAAAGUAAGUUUUGUUCAUUAACUAAGGCUAUAGAUAUAUGGCCUGGCAUAUAAUUUUGUACUUGCAUGACUGUGCUAGAUAUAUAAUAUACUAGAUCUAGUCGAUGUUUCCCUGGUGGUGAAAAAGUAGACAUUGUGAUAUUUAUAAUAAUGCUCAGCAGACUUGCGCAAUAGUGACACUCUAGUAAAAUUUGAAUGUGUACAUAGAUCUCUAGCUACCUGUACUCUCUCAGUUGAUAGCCUACUAGAAGGUCUCCAUCAGUCAAACAUGUCCUGUGCUGUAGCUACAGGUAGCUGUAGAGAUAGACCUAGAUUGACAGAAAGUAGUGACAGAAUUGUGCUAACAGCAUUAGAGAAGUACUUCCACUAUUCGUCUCUGAGACCUGGUCAGCUAGAGGCAGUGCAACCUGUACUUAAUGGUGAAGAUGUUUUCAUAAGGAUGGCAACUGGUUCCGGAAAAUCUUUGUGUAUGUUUCUUCCCCCGUUGAGUUCAAGUGACACGUCGGCUGCAGCUGUAGUAAUCAGCCCUUUGAAUGGCCUAAUGGAGCAACAAGUGGGGCAAAUCACCAGCAUAGGAGUGAGUGCAACUCUGGCAACAAAGAGUAACUAUGAUGCCGCUGCUCAAGGAAGUUAUAGAUUUGUUUUUAUGUCUCCUGAAACGGCUGUAAGUGCACCAUGGCGUCAGUUCUUUACAACUCCUUUCGCUAAACAACACCUUGUUCUAGUUGCUGUUGAUGAAGCUCACUGCAUCACUGAUUGGGGGAAGUCAUUUCGGCCUGCCUUUGAGAAGCUCGGUUGUUUGAGAGCUUUAACAAGAGUGCCUUUCAUGGCUCUAACUGCUACAGCUUCAAGUGAAACACAAGAUGCUAUAGUAAAGUCUCUCCAUCUCGUACAUCCAGUUUUUGUCUCCCAGCCACUGGAUCGCCCUAAUAUUUAUGUGUCUGCUAGUCCAAUUAAGGCGUUAACUACUGACUUAGCUGGAGUGAGUGGAAUUCUUCGGUGUGCAUCUCCAAACAGCAUCCCCAAAAUCUUGAUUUUUGUUCGUACCAAGAAUGAUGCAUGUAAAGUGUAUGGUGUCCUGAACACAGCUGCUUACUGUUCUAAAUAUGUUGGAAUGUAUCAUGCAUCACUGACAAGCCAAACCAAGUUGAUAAUAAGGACUGACUUCCAAGGCAACACACAACUCCGUUGUCUGGUGGCAACUGUAGCAUUUGGAAUGGGGAUGGACGUUGGAGACAUCAAGGUAGUUAUUGUUUAUGGUGCCCCAAAUGGAAUCAAUGAACUGCAUCAGCUUUUUGGGCGUGCCGGAAGAGACGGAACUGCUGCCCGCGCUCAUGUUUUCUACAGUAACAAACAAAAGAACGUAAAUCCAGUCAUCGAAAAUUUUUGUAAAUCGAAGGAAAACUGUAGAAGAAAGUUUAUGUUGUCAGCUGUAGGAUGUUCCCAUAGUGUAGCGAGGAACACGUCGACUGAUACCAGUAAUCAUAAUCCAUGCUGCGAUGUUUGUGAUCCUAGUGUUUGUUCUGCUCAUAUAGUGUGUUUACAGCCUGUUUUGUCAUCAGCAAGAAGACCCAAACGUCGGCGUGUAAGAGUAGCCUCACCGGAAGAUAGCACAAAUCUAGAAGAGAAGCUCAGAAAAGUACGGGAUGAUAUCAUUUUAAAACACCCUGGAUUUCAAAUGUUAGGUGGCGAAUUCGUUUUAUCAUCAUCUGUACUUAAGGCGAUGUGUAAAGAUGUGCAAUUUAUAGAUUCGGUUGAGUACAUAAAGGAACGUUUUGGUGUGAGACCUGAAUUGUGCGAUGAACUAUUUUCUGUAAUUGAGAGUGUUUUUACUACUCCAUCGGCUAGUAAAAGGCUACACUAAUUUUUAUUCUUUUUAUGUUUUGUGAAUAAUUAUAAUUAUGGUGAUCAGGUGACAUUGAAAUGAAAACACAUAGCUACAUGUAUAUAGCUAACGGAACAGUAUUUAAAACAACAUCAUGGGAAACAUUGUACUCUGUAUGGUCAUAUAACAUCAGAAAGUUCAUAGUCACUAGCCACUUCUCUCUCUGUGCUUAUAUCUGUUUCAUCCACUUGUAGAUGUGCUUUCUUAGACAAGACGUCUUUCAGCCAAGAUGUUGUGGUCAAUUUUUUCCAGCCUACUUCACUAUUGUCAGAAUGUACUGGAGAAGAUCGACUGGGAACUUCUUCUGUUGUUUUUCUGUCGGUCAGAUCUUUGGCUAUUUUCAGUAUGUCCUGACUUGCAUCUCGAACAGUGUGUGAUGUAGACUGUCUUGAUGCCCCAAGUACUGUGUCUACCCGUUUGGCGGCUUCCAUCAAGAAAAGAACAGCUAAGGAUACAUCUUCAACAUGUUGAGGAGUUGUAAUGCUCCAUUAGCUGAUCAAUUGGCUUUGCUCGUCCUGGUCUACCUGUCAUGUUGACGGUCCGGUUGUGCGUCGCAAUAUACGGCUAUGUGCUUUGGAAAUGAUGCUAUUAAGUUUGAGAUGACAUGAACUGCCUCGACGGCAUAGUUUGUACACCCCUCUGCAAGAAAGUGUGGCAACCAGUACUUCCAAUGCCUGACAAUUUGUUGGCCAUUCUCCCAUCGAAUUGCUUCCCGUAGAUCGAUGUAUAGGAAUGCAUGGUGAAGGAAUGAUCUAUGCAUUUUGUACACUGGAUCAGUAGAGUUGCUUGGCAUGAGGGUUUUCGACACUAACGUAUCGGCUGUUUCUUGUAGCCAUCUCUCUGUCGCACUAUGCUCAAUGAGGUCAGCAGGUGAUUUCGCCUUGAAGUAAGUCAAAACACCGGAGAUGAGAUGCCCUUUGAAGGCAUGAACUAAAAACUCGUCACAUACGUUGAAUACUUUAACAUUCUUGUCAACACUUGUUCGUCGUGUCACCUCACGCAUGUUGCACAAUGUUCCAGAAUGAGCGGGACACCCCCAGAACUUCGUAAAGACCGUACGCAGACAUGUCCAGAGGAAGUGGAAGUCUCCUGAUAAACAUGAAAGAAACUGACCUGAGGCACAAAAUGAUCUAACUUGGCAUCUUUGGCAAUUUGAGACAGAAUGUCAAUCGUUUCUGCUGUGUACUUUUCAUCCUUGAACAGGACCUUCAUUGGUACAACUUGGUCUGGCUCUGUAUGCUCACGCGGUGGCUCUUCUGGAACAAACUGUUUAAGCUCAUCUCCAUCUUGUUCACUUGGCAAGAAAUCGACCGUCGUGAGUGAGUCAAGAGCGCGUUGCGGUGUAAUAUCACUCCAUUCAAAUGACCAAUCUGGAACACGUUUUAUUCGAACAGCUAUGCGUGCUGUAAUGUUGAGCAUACUCGAGUGGCAAUCUGUUGGAGGUACCUACCUGACUGUUUGUUGACCGAGCCACUAGCAUGAAGCUGAUCAAAAGUUGAAGUCCAAGAACCUUUCUUGUUCGGCUUUUCAGCAGGGCACACAUGGCCAUCACCACCAUUGUGUCUGAUGUUGGAUCCACUUCUUCAUCAUCUUCAUUAUCCCGCCUGCCAGUGUUACCGAGAAUCCUCAGCAAUCGCAAUACAUCAGGAGAUAGCAGCUCAAAUUCUUCAAGGAGUUUAGCCAUGGUAAAGUCAUUGAAGUGGUCAACAGUAUCAGGCCCAUGAUAAGCAACGUUUUUCGAAGUUGUCAAGGAAUUUAUUUGCCCGACAAGCUGUUCCUCUAGCCCAUGAACUCGUUCUUCCAAUGCUUUCACCUGUUGUCUUAGCUGACUGUUCUCGUGUUGUAAUGGCGAAGGAUUUGGUAGAUCUACUGGUUGUUCCCGAGGUUCAAUACCAAAAAUGUGUGACUUGCGAGAUUUUCCAGCUGGUCUUGAUAUUGAAAGAGGAAAAACAGACUUAAUAACGUCUGACACCAUUUUUGAGUUGAAUUUUGUCUUUACAAAAGCUGAAGAGAUGUCGUUAUACAAAUCCUCGAACUUUACACGUUUUGCUUGAGGUCCUUCGGAUGGUGCGUCUGUGUAGCGUUUCCUAAGCCAUUCUUCUUUGGAUGAAUCCAUUUCAUUGAUUGUGUAAUAAAAUAGUUCAUGUGUAUCUCUAUCCCUUUUUGUACUAACUAUUUUUGGGUAUAAUUAUUGACAUCAUCAUUACACAAUGUUCAUGUAUUAUUAUUAGUAACACAAUUUUGCUUAUUAUAAUGA